AGAUUGAUAUAUACGUUUCAUUGAGAAAUUUAUUUAACUCGAUGUCUAUAAUAUAAGUGUAUAUUUUAAAGUUCGUCGUUCUAUGUUGCACAAUCUGUCAGAAACGCCCAAUGUUUACAUAUCGCAUUUCAUUACCACGUGACCUACAGAGGGACGGAAAGGAAAAACGAAAGUUGUCAUUAAAUUCCUAAACGCACGUCUAUCAUUUCUUUAGUUUGAUUCGGAGCUAACACUAGUGAAGUUAAAGUAACUUAAUUAGAGCGACUUUCACACUUAACAACAGUUAUUGAUAAGUAGUAUGAGGGGGAAAUAUACAGGUAGAUAUAUAUUGGCCUAAAUGGUGCAUAGGCCUAUACAUGUAGUUCUCAUGUUGAAAAUUUGCAACCAGAGAAAACGAUUCUCAAACGAGGCGCAGCUAAUGUUAGUGUUGGUUUUCUUAGAGUGAAAAUUUUCAGUGUUACCCUCAACUACUUUUACUAUUUGUUUUAUUAUACUGAAUGUCAAACAAUUUGGCUCCACUUUUUUGGCACGCUGUUUUUGGCUAUAUUUAGCUCUAAAACUUCAUAGUUAUUUCGGAUUUCAAACAUUUCGGUUGAGCAUCACUGAAGAGACAUUAUUUGUCGAAAUGCGCAUCUGGUGCAUCAAAAUUGGUACCGUAUAAGUUUUACAUGUAUUUAUAUACUGCAUGAUAAUAACGUACAAAAAUUCAACUGAAUUUCUUUUUAGCUAGAUUUAACUGUGAACAAGUAACAAAAAAUUUCAACAUGGUGAAAUUAAUUCAAAAUUAACGAGUUCAAAACGUUACCUUCUGCGCUAGUUACUCGGAAAUAUGAAUUAGAUUAUGUCGACACAACCUAAACCACAAUUUGCGGAAGUGGAUUCUGCUGUUCAGCCAAUGAUAUCUCUCGUUAUUGCCAAUGUUGGCGGGCCGAGUGCAGGGACUGGAACAGCGGCCAAGCGAAAAAAAGAUAUUGCUGGAUUUCUACACAAAUUCCAGCCAAAUAUUGUCCUUUUACAGGAAUUUUCUUGGGUCGGAAUAACUGGACCAGCCUGGAAAAAUGUUUCAAUACCAGACAAGUAUGAAUAUACUGGUAAUAAUGAGGCUAGCAUUUUGUACGAUAAAAAUGAGUUCAUCAUAGAAAUUCCCAGCCUGACAGAAAUGGAGAAGCUGCUUGAUGAGAUGAUACGAAAAGGAAAACUUCCUAUGGGUUUCACGCCAAUAUCAAGAAUGUGUACUCGAGUUAUCAAAACCAAAGGUCUUCCAAACUUGAAAUUCAUUUGUGUUUCUUGGCACGGUCGAUACAAAGGCAAAAAAAUGUCAAAUUUGGUAGAUGAGCUUAAACAGUUACUUCUCUUUCUUCAAACAUACAGUGAUAAAAAAGGUCUACCAUUCAUUGUCGCUGGGGAUUAUAACAUCCCUUACGAGGAAGCCAAAAUACAUGUGAACACCCCUCUCGUUAUUUAUCAAUAUCAGCCUCUGAAACGAAGAGAAGGCAAGGUAAUAGACUUUUUCAUAGGGUCGGAACUGUUGCCACUGGAUAACAUGUCUGCCAUAGAUUGGAGGACCGUAGAGGGUGCUGAAGAUGCUUAUAAAAUAUUUGAUCACGAUCCGAUAUACGGUGUCAUCAGACGAUUUCCAAGGUCAAAGACGAGACAGGCCCCCAAACCUGUAGCUUCUGUGCAGCAGAAUGUCACACAACGGGUGGUUCUACGGAAGUCGAAAACACUCACACGAGAGAAACAAUCCCAUAAGAAAAGUAAUUGUGUUGUUCAGUGAUGUGUGAUCCAUAGAGAUUUUGUGAAUGGACUGUUAGUAGUAAUCUAGUUUUAAGACAUUAGUGAUUUGCUUCAACUCAGGGGAAUGAUGGUAGCUAUUGUGAGUCGACUCACGAAAUAUGAUAUCGUUGUGCCUUCCAUGAAGCUAUUUAUCAUCUAAAUAAUUCUUCUGUCAUUCUUCGCAGAAAAGAAACGAAAACGGAUCAUCAACUCAAAAAUUCAUUAUUUUAAAAGAUUGGGUGUAGUCAGUUUCUGCGUUCAUGAAGGUAUGACGCAGGAUUCUGUUCGCCAUGUUUCUAUUUUUUUAAAAGAUAGAUGAGAUAUAUAUAUAUAUAUAUAUAUAUAUAUAUAUAUAGAGAGAGAGAGAGAGAGAGAGAGAGAGAGAGAUAAAGGAGGACAAACUGUAUUAUUAUAGAUCCUCCUUUAAGAAGACUUUACCCAGGUCCCGAAAUGUCAGGUCUUUGAUUUUUCUUUGUGUGCAAUAUUUUUACACAAUAUACAAUAUAUAACAUAUAUAUUUAUAUAAUAUAUAUAUCUAUAUAAUAUAUGCUAAUUUGUUAUUUUAAAACUAGUCUGAUAUACUGGAUUAUGUUUAUUAUACUAAAAACUUGUUAGUCGUUUAUAUUUUAAACUGGAUGUUUAAUAUAUUAUUUUUCGUGUUUUA